AAAAGCAGAGGCAACACGGAUCCUAAAUUCAGUACCCUUCUAAGUGUCGAUCGAGCCUCUCUGCACACUUGGUUACACCAUCUCAAUUGGUACACGCUCUAGCCAAAGUGUGCGACGACUCUGAUCCGUUGUAUAUUUGUCUAUGGAAGCCGAUUCUGUACACAAUUAGGUAAGUUUGAAGGUUGGUGCACUGCUGGAGCAGAGAUUUUAGAGAGAAGUGGUGUGGCGGAGAAUUCAUGGCGUCAAGGAGAAUUGGAGGGGUGUUGCUCGCAGGUUCGAGGGCCUUAUCUAGGCAGCAUGGACUUACUGGUGCCUCUGCAGCGGACAGCCAAAUCCUUCAAAGGCAUCUACAGUUCUCUCGAUUCAGCUAUAGCAGCGCAGCGGGAGGAGAGUCUAAGAAGAUAUUGGGUGUCUUUUUCGCUGCACACGAGUAUGCGAAGAAUCCUGAGUUUCUGGGAUGUGUCGAAAACGCUUUGGGAAUUCGCGAGUGGUUGGAAUCAAAAGGCCACAAGUACGUUGUUACUUCCGACAAGGAUGGCCCUGACUCUGAACUGGAUAAAGAGUUAGCUGACGCACACAUUUUGAUCACUACGCCCUUCCACCCUGCGUACAUGACGAAGGAGAGGCUCGCCAAAGCCAAGAACCUCGAGCUCUUGGUGACUGCUGGUGUGGGAUCCGACCACAUUGACCUUCAUGCUGCUGCUGAAAAGGGCCUUACGGUGUCAGAGGUCACAGGAAGCAACGUGACGUCAGUUGCGGAGGAUGAAGUGCUGCGUAUACUGGUUCUGGUCCGAAACUUUGCACCAGGAUGGAAGCAGGUCUCCGAAGGUGGUUGGAAUGUGGCCGCUGUCGUCCACCAUGCAUAUGACCUGAUUGACAGGACCGUGGGCACAGUUGGUGGUGGCCGUAUCGGUCAAGAGCUCAUGAAACGGCUCAAGGGUUUCGGGCUUAAGGAGAUGCUCUACUACGACAGGAACUCGCUCGGCGCCGAACGUGAAAAAGAGCUGGGUUGCAAGCGAGAGACGGACCUGGACACCAUGUUAUCAAAGUGCGAUGUCGUCGUCGUGAACACGCCCUUGACGGAUCAAACACGGGGUCUGUUCAACAAGGAGCGUAUUGCGAAGAUGAAGAAGGGAGCUUAUCUGGUGAACAACGCGCGAGGAGCCAUUGCAGAUACGGAGGCAGUGAAAGAAGCAUGCGAGUCAGGACACCUCGGAGGAUAUGGAGGAGAUGUAUGGAACGCUCAGCCGGCAGGAAAGGACCAUCCUUGGCGUUACAUGCCGAACCACGCCAUGACCCCCCAUAUCUCCGGCACGACCCUCGACGCCCAGAAACGGUUCGCAGCCGGGACGAAGGACAUGAUCGACCGCUGGUUGAAGCACGAGGCUUUCCCCGAGCAGAACUACAUUGUGCGUGAAGGCAAACUUGCGAGCCAGUACCUUUGAAUGAGCGCCGCCGCAGACAUAUAUCCACGUCGGGUGGGGCCAGAUUGGCGGUGUGAAUAGGUUCCAAUGUGAGAGAAUAAAUUUUGACUUUGAACUUUGAAAAAAAACAUCUUUUGACCUUUUUACCUAUUUUCUCAAGUCAGUGGGCCCACUUCACUGUUGUUUUAAA